AUGACACAAGCACCACUUUAUUACAUUCGAUUCUUAAAACCACCACCUAUCGACUGUAAUGUCGGACAACACUUUACAAUUGUAUGGACCAUCGAGAGCGAUCUGGGUGAUCAAGCAUUUUGGGAGCCAGUACCCGUGACAUGCAGUUUACAAGGCUGUACUCAACUUGGAUUGAGAAUUAUGAAUGCCGAUCCCAAGGGAAAUAAUAAAAAGAAGGUGUCGGCGAAGCCUUAUCAACAAGAAAAGUCUUUGCCUUUAACACCUGAUGUACCCCUUGUAUACGAUCCUUUGCAAGGCGGUGGUAUCGUUACUAAACUAGUAGUGGAACCUUUACCUGGCAAAGUCCUACCUGUUGGUACGACCGUAUCUAUUCAACUGAGUAUGAUUUUAUCACCAGCAGCAAGAACGACAGUGACAAGCCACGCUAUUUGGCAAAAUGCUUACAUGUUUGCGUCGUCUAUUUGGCUGUUGCCUACAUGGUCUGUACCUAUGCAAACCACAGUAACUAAGCAAAGACAUUUUGAAUCAGAAAGUGGAGAUCAAGCAGAAAGAAUACUAAGAGUAAGCAAGAACAAAGUGAUACAUAUUCGUGAGGAUGCGGUACAAAGUAUAGCUAGACAUGUCUGGGAUUGUGGCCUUGGCAUGUGUCAAUUUUUGGCAGAACAAAAGAUUGAUCCCAGAUAUAAUGUCUUUUUGGAACUUGGUAAACUAUAA